AGUGUACACAGUGGUUUUAGAGUGUUCAAAAGUCCUGAAUGUGAUAGAAUAGACGGUGCACCAUGUCUGCAGGAUAUUCUGCUUGUUUGGGUGUGUGUGUUUUUCUUCAGGAUCUUUUGAGACCCUGGUCGUCUCAAAGAGAAAUGAGCAAUGGAUAGAGGUGCAGAGCAUGAAGGUGGACUGCAAGGUGGCAUCACGCUUCGCCCACACUGUCAUGACCACUAAAGCUCUCAAUAAGGCCAACAUCUCACAGGAAGUGUCCUUUGAGGUGGAGUUACCCAAGACCUCCUUCAUCACCAACUUCAGCAUGUCAGCUCUUUUCCAUCUGAUUUAGUUUAAAAUCAGAGGAACUCCGCACGAGCCAAAAGAAUCCACUGCUUUUUAUUUUAAUAUAUGCUUGCAGUUUGGGAAAUUAUUGAAAUGUGUUCUGACACAGUUUUGGGAUUUUCAGGGAGAUUGAUGGCAAGUGUGGUGAAGGAAAAAAAGAAGGCCAAGCAGCCGUAUCAGAAGGCUGUGUCAUCUGGCCAGACUGCUGGUUUAGUCAAGGCUUCAGGUAGAAAAAUUGAGAAGUUUUCUGUUUCUGUGAAUGUCGCAGCAGACAGCAGUGUCAAAUUUAUUCUCACCCAUGAGGAACUUCUUCAGCGACAUUUUGGCAAAUAUGAGCUCAUGAUCAGAGUCAAACCCAAUCAGCUGGUCCAGCACUUUGAGAUUGUAGCAGAUAUUUAUGAACCUCAGGGAAUUGCAUUUUUGGACACAUUCGGUACCAAUGAACUGCUCCCUCUAGUGAAGAAAACUGUCACUGACAAGAAGGUGAUGAUUCAAAUAUCUUUGCAUGGAUGGAUACCAAUUUAUACCAGUAUAAAUCAUUAUCAGUAUACUAAAUAA